GUUCACGGCAGGUGUUCCAUAAGGAGGUGAUCUCUGGGGCCAAGGCCCCGUCGAUCUUCCAUAUGCUCUUUCGCGACGUGACCAUCCUCGACUACCUUCGCAUCCAAGAGUUGUCAUUUGGCGCUGAGGUUGGCACAGACCAGUUUGCAGAGCUUGCGCGCAAAGUGGCCCAGAAAAGCUUGAUCGACUUCGCCAAUGCCAGCAGCUUGAGUACCAUCCCCAUGCCUACUUGCGUCUGCCUGAGGGACGAUAAGUUGAAGGACAUGCCGCAAGCAGAUGCGUUGGUGCUCAUCGAGAUUUCCAACAAGACGAGGGACCUCUCCGCGUGCUGCGCUUCGCUCCAAGGAAUGUUGUUCAAGAGCGUGGCUGGAACGGAAACAAUGGCCAUCGAUGAAGACACGCUGCGCGAUGUCACGAUCUACGUUCAGGCCGCAGUCGCCAACAACAUCGCGAAGCUCGACGAGGCGCUCAACUCGGUAGCGGCGCUGGCGCUGGCAACCGACCAGCUGCUCGAGAUCAUGGCUGGCCACCUGCAGGUCCUGGCAGACAAGCGCAAGGAGAGCGCCCCCCCAUCGGGGGCAGCUUUCAGCCAGGGCAAGAUGGAUGUGAAAAUGGCGAGCCGCAUCUUCAGCGACAAACUUGGGAAUGUCAUCCAGCAGUACAAUGCGCUCCACAAGUGCCUCAGCAGGACUUCGUCAGCAGGGCAGGUACUGAACGCCACGCCAGACGUGCAGAGCAACGAGAUCACGUCGCAGGCGGUUGCCGUCGGCAUCGAGAUGCUG